AUGAAACCGCGGCACGUCCGCCGGCUGGCGGUGGCGCUGGCGGCGUGCGGCGCGCUGCUGCUCGUCGCCUCCUUCCUGCCCGGCAUGCUGGACGACGGCGUCCUCCAGGGCGCCGUCAAGGACAAGGACGGCGACACGCCCCCCGCGCACCCCGGCCCGGACGACCCGGGCGGCUUCCACCGCUUCCAGGAGGCGCUGGUGCGCCGCAAGGCCGAGGAGCACGCCUUGGCCCAGGACAGCGCCGAGGACGCCGUCGACGUGUCGGAGAGGGAGGCCGCCAGCAUCAUCCGCGCCGCGAGUCGCUGGAACGAGCACCGGCUGCAGCGGGUGCAGGAGGUGUGCGCGCGCCACAACCUGGGCCUGUACCGGUCCUCCGCCGUGGCACCCGACUUCAAGCUGCCGCCCACGCCGCAGUACGCCGUCUUCUACUACGACCGGUCGCACAAGAUGGCCUGGUGCCCGCUGUACAAGGCGGGCUCCACGUCCUGGCUGUACAACCUGUGCCUGCUGGGCGGCUACUCCGAGCGGGAGCUGCAGGCCACCCAGGAGCAGCUCAGCACGCUGGCGAGGAAGGCCUUCCCGGAGCUCGAGUACCCCGAGGCCGAGGAGGCCCUCCGCGGCAGCCGCAAGAUCCUGGUGGUCCGCCACCCGCUGGCGCGGCUGCUGUCGGCGUACCGCGACAAGCUGGAGAACCGCGUGGCGGGGGCGGAGCACGGCACGGCGCACUUCUACCGCAAGUACGGGCGCCGCAUCGUGGACAAGUACCGCGCCAAGAAGGACGGCGUCGCCGUGGCCACCAGCAGCCUGCUGCAGCCCGGCCACGUGGUGCGCGACCCCGCCAAACCCGCGCCCGCCGACGACGAGCCCACCUUCAAGGAGUUCGUGAAGUACCUCAUCGACGUCGACCUGGCCAACUACGCCGACGACCACUGGAUCCCGUACUACCUGUUCUGCACGCCGUGCCUGCUCAACUACGACAUCAUCGCCAAGGUGGAGACGUACCUGGAGGACCAGGUGUACAUGAUCCGCGCGCUGGGCCUCCAGGACACCGUCAAGCCUCGCUGGAGGCACCGAACGUCGCCCCAAGGCCCAGAGGGGCUGCCGUCGUCCUCGCCCCAGGACGUCAGCCCCACGGCCAGGGCCUACUUCGCGCAGAUCACCGAGCACGAGCUGCGCGCGCUGCACCAGAAGUACAAGCUCGACUUCGAAAUGUUCGACUACGCCAUGGAGGACUACCUACCUUAUGUCUCGCCCAACUGACGCUGACGCUGCGAGAUGAGAUGACGCCGGCUGCAGCGAUGGUUGCGUCCUUGUCUUCGCCAGCACACACCCGCACACACUACACUGACAGCAACGCAAACCAUCG